GUCACUGUCAGUGUCAAUAAUAUCGCGCAGUUAUCGCUUGUGGUGUGCAAUUUUGUCGAUUUGUGGUGUUUUUCUUGCUAAAAGUGAAGAUUAUUUUAAUCUUUUACAUCUUUUUAACACUACAGUGAACGAUUAAAUAUGCCUUGUCUAGUCAUAUUCGAAAAUAACUUUAUAACGGGGCUGGAGUGUAAAGAUGUGUCAUCGCUAAAGCGUGAUAUUUCACAAAAAUAUGGUGUUCCGAUAGAAGAUUUGUCUGCGACACUGAACGGAAGGCCCGUGUCUGACAGUUACGAUGUUACAUCAGACAACAAUGUUGUUAGAUUGGCCUCUAAGCUCGUUGGAGGGAAAGGCGGAUUUGGAUCUAUGUUACGUGCCAUUGGAGCACAAAUAGAGAAAACUACCAACCGUGAAGCUUGCCGAGACCUAUCAGGUCGUCGUCUACGUGACAUCAAUGAAGAGAAAAGGCUUAGGAAGUGGUUGGAAGGCCAAGAAGACAGGGAAAAGGAGGCAGCUGAGAGAAAACAGAAGAAACUCGAGAGAUUGGUGGCAGAACCCAAGAUUGAGGUCAAUUUGAACCCUGCAUAUGAAAAAGAGCGUCAGGAUCUGCCUGAACGUGUGAACUCGGCAGUAGAAGCCGGCUGGCAGGCUGCUGGAUCAUCAAAUGCUUUGAAACGGAAGUCUGACAAUGAGAAAGCCAAGCCAAAGAAGGCUAAAUUAUGGAUUGAUGCAGAGUUGUCGGACUGCUCCUCACUGAGUGAUGAUGAUGAAGAGGAAGUUCCCGCUAAGAGUCCGGGACAGCAAGUGUCCACAGACAGUGGAAAUGAGUCCGAUAGAGCCUCGGCUAGCAGUAAAUGAGAUGAAAAUACUGUGUUAUAGACUUUAAUUAUUUUAAUAUUCUUUUAUUGUAAUUUUAUUUAAUAACUACUAUAGUUUAAAUCUGAGGAGAUUUAAAAGUUUUAUAAAUUAUGUUAGGCAAUAGGUUUUUAAUGGACUCUAAUGUUUUGUGUACUUUCAUGAAUUCAUGUUGAAGGUAUUUUAUUUAGCAAAUGUUUCAAGAUAUUUUAUGUGUAAAUAGUAUGAAACUGGCAUUUUAUGUGUUAAAAGGUUAAACUAAAGUAAAUUCAGGAUACAUUUCGGGAGUUUUUUUUAUAUAACAUGUCUUGUUGUUUCUUUUUUAUUAAAUAUGACCUCUGUCAUUAGGUAGAAUUUUAUCACUUCAAGUAAAUUAAGUAAUUUUAAUUUAUGUAUAUGUACUCAAUAAAUUUUUUCUCAAUAAGUAGGAAAUAAAAUCUAUUUUAAGUAAA